AUGGCAGCAGUGAAUGGUGAUAACGGUGGGAUUUUUUUCCUUUACGGCUAUGGUGGAACAGGUAAAACAUUUCUAUGGAAGACAUUGUCCGCUGCAAUUAGAUCAAAAGGUCAAAUCGUCUUAAAUGUGGCUUCAAGUGGAAUUGCAUCGUUGUUGUUAGAUGGUGGCAGGACUGCACAUUCCAGGUUUCACAUACCUUUGAAUCUUACUGAAGACUCUGUAUGUAAUAUAAAACCAGAAAGUGACGUGUCUAAAUUACUUCAUGAGACGAAAUUAAUAAUUUGGGAUGAAGCACCUAUGGUACACAAACAUGCAUUCGAAGCGCUGGAUAGAACAAUGAAUGACGUUUUCAACAUCGACCCAUCUCUCAAUUCAGACAUCAGGUUUGGAGGUAAGGUAAUUGUUUUUGGUGGCGAUUUCAGACAAAUAUUACCUGUCGUUCCAAACGGUGGAAGACAAGAGAUUGUUAAUGCCUCCUUAUGUUUGUCUUACUUGUGGAGUAAAUGUAAAUUGCUAAGAUUAACAAGAAACAUGAGGUUAACCGUUGGAAGGUCGACGGAAGAAAUUGAAGAAAUAAACAGUUUUGCCAAAUGGCGUUUGGAUUUGGGUGAGGGUAAUGUUGGUGGUCCAAAUGAUGGGGAAGCAACUAUUCAAAUACCACAAGAUCUUCUGAUUACUGAUGAAUCAGACCCAAUUGCAAGUUUAAUUGAUUUUGUUUAUCCAUCAAUCUUGCAAAACAUCAACAACCAUAAUUAUUUUAGUGAGCGCGCUAUACUUGCACCGAAGAAUGAUGUUGUGCAUGAGAUUAAUGACAGGUUGCUAUCAAUGUUUCCUGGUGAAGAAAGAGAGUAUCUUAGCUCUGACAGUCUUUGUCCGACCGAAGAUGUAAAUGCUACACAACAAAGAAUAUACUCUCCGGAUGUGCUCAAUGGACUUAAAAUUUCUGGCUUACCAAAUCAUAGGUUGGUGCUAAAAGUUGGUGUUCCAGUAAUGUUAUUACGAAAUAUUGACCAACGGAAUGGUUUGUGCAACGGUACAAGGCUACAAGUAAAAAAGUUGUACAACCGUGUAAUAGAAGCCGAGAUUGUGACACCCCGUUGA